UCGUCUUUCACGGGCACACAUAAUUAAACCAAACAAACAACAAUCCAUCUUCUCGCCGAAAGAGAGAAGUUUGUGAAUCUGGGUUUUCAAUUCUCAGGUGUUAAUAUAAGUUUUUGAUCGAUACCCAAUCUCUAAGGAAGACGAGAUUCGAUCCGAUCGAUUAGGUUUAUAGGGAAGAAAUAAUGGCGAAUCUGUACGUGAAAGCUGUUCCACCACCGGAUAUGAACAGGAAUACGGAAUGGUUCAUGUAUCCAGGAGUUUGGACUACUUACAUGCUCAUUCUCUUCUUCGGUUGGCUCGUUGUUCUCUCUGUCUCUGGUUGUUCCCCUGGAAUGGCUUGGACUGUUGUUAAUCUCGCUCACUUCGUUGUAACGUAUCACUGCUUUCACUGGAUGAAAGGAACUCCUUUUGCAGAUGACCAAGGAAUCUACAAUGGUUUAACUUGGUGGGAACAAAUGGACAAUGGUCAACAACUUACCCGCAACCGCAAAUUCCUUACUGUAGUUCCUGUUGUCCUGUACUUGAUAGCAUCGCAUACAACAGAUUACAGACAUCCAUGGCUGUUCCUCAACACACUAGCUGUGAUGAUUCUGGUUGUUGCCAAGUUCCCCAACAUGCACAAGGUACGCAUCUUUGGCAUAAAUGGUGAUAAGUAAGUUUCCUUUUGCGGUAAGAGAACACCAGGAAGAAGAGAAAAGGCAAACAUAUAUAUGUAUAAAUGUUCAUAUGAGUUGGUUUAAUCCGAGAGUUCAUGGUCUUUUGUUGGAUAUUUGUAAGUAACUAAUUUUGAAGCUUUGAUCUUUUUUUCCUUUUAAUAUAGACACGAAAUUCAUAAAGCUUUCUCUAUAGUUUAUCCCC